GGUGUCGGUCGUUUCUGUGCCUGUGCCUGCUCUCCUCCAUCUCGACCACACGCGCACACACGUCCACCCUCUCACACACACACACACCACUAGCGCCUGCCCCGUCGAGCGACCAGCGUGCCCGGCGUCGACUCUUUCGCUCACACUCGUUCUACCACACCACGCUCUUUCAUACCAUCACAUUCACACCACCACACCACACUCCCCCAUUGCCCACGACCGUCUCCGACUCCGUGCGCUGUCCCGUCGUUCCCCCAUUUGCGUGCGUUGAGUCGGCGUUGCCAGCACCAAACGACCUCCUCGCACGCCCGACCGCCGCGCAGCCACUCGACCACCACCGCGCCGCCGAGCACUGCAACGGCCGACGAGUACCGCAACGACGAGGGAAAAGGGACUGCUGGACGCCUGCUGCUCUGCAUCGCUCGCUCACUUACACGACGUGCAACGCGAAAUCCCGCCGCAUUCCACUCGUCCGGGUCACGCCCCCAUCCGGCACCACCGCAUCCAUUGGCCUCACUUGCUCCAGCAAGCGACACCGCGCAUCGCCCUCGAAACGCCCUGUCGACCGCCGACACACCUGCUCCCAUCCUCGCCCGCGUGGCAUGAUCACGGCCUGAGGGAGUACCGCGCUCCGACCGACACGACUCUGACGACGACGGCCACGAAAGACGACUGAAAGGGCGAAAGGCGUCAUCUUCCAUCGCCUUUCUUUCCCACCCCCAUCCUAUAGCGAGUCACGCUUGCGCUGCUGGCAGCCGCAAACAAAGAGCAGGUUUUCAGACCUCGCUUCCGUAAUAAUUACCGACUACCGCCACCAUGCCUUCCCUCUCGCGCACCGCACGAGCCACUCGAACAUGGACUCUCCUUUCACUACUCACACUAUCCGCCAUGGCACAAAUAGCACAGCCUGCUCCCGAAGCAAAGUUGGAAAAGCGCGCGAGCGCAGUGUAUCAAGGAUGUUACAGCUCAGCAGCCAACAUGGAGAGUGUUGGCACAUACACAUACCAGUCCUCUGGAUAUUGUAGUGAACAAUGUUCCAACCAGAAUUCGGGCGCCAUGGCCACCACAAACGGCAACGACUGCUGGUGUGGUAGCGAAAUCCCAGCAGACAGCGAUAAAGUGGAGGACUCGAAGUGUGAUACGCCAUGUACUGGCUACGGCCAAGACAGCUGCGGUGGUGAUGGUUUCUUUUCUGUUUAUCUCACCGAUGGCACCACUGUACCCAAAGAAGGCGGAGGCUCAAGCAGCUCAAGUAAAGGAGGCUCGAGCACCGAAGCAACUCCAUCCCUCGUCACGAACAUCUCACCUGGCAAGACUGUCGUCGUCACUGUCGCACCAUCAUCCUCAGACGGUGCCAGCUCGAGCAGCUCGUCAAGCGGCGGCGGCGGUGGAGGCUCCAAUACUGCUGGUAUCGCAGCCGGUGUCGUAGUGGGUGUCGUUGGACUGGCAGCCGCCGUGGGUGGUCUGCUCUACUGGAUCCGACAAAAGAAGCGAAAGGAGGCAGAAGAAGAGUACAGGCAGCGCACUGCAGUUAGCGAUUUCAUGCGUGGCGCCAACGAACGCAAACCACCCAGCACUGGCUACAGCCACAUGAGUGACACGAGGUUGGACCCCGAGGCAGGCGCACGCAAGAACAGCUGCGGCAGUCUGGCAGACAACCAAGAUUACUCAAGGAGGAUAUUGCGAGUGGCCAACCCGGAUUCGAGCUAGUCGCCAUCCGAGACGUCACCUUCGACAAUACCCAACACUACUACCAACAACACCGCAUCCGCCACCGAACAGGACACCCCUCGCCGCUCAUCACCACAGCGCAAAAGGCUGUCGAAGAAGAAGCAAAAGCGAGCGAGUGUCCUCAGCGUCGGCGGCAGUGGCAAAAGACCUUGUCAUGUACCUUUUUGAUGACUCUAUAAGACUCUCUCUUGACCUCCUUACCUCUUUACCUCUCUCUGACUGUGUGUGUGUGACUGAACUCUCGAUCAACGGACGGGAUUAAGAAUAGCUUGGGACAAAUGGGAAACGGAAGGGAAUGGGGAGCCAAUACUCAAUAACUACUGUGGUUUUAUUUUCAACGACUUUUCUUGAAAUGGAAUGGAGGCGACUCACUCUCAAUCAUCAUAGAACUUUUUUCGAUGCAAAAACAGCGAGCA